AUGGGUUUAGGUUGUGUUCUGAUGCAGAGAGGAAAGGUGAUUGCAUAUGCCUCUAGACAGCUUAAGAAUCACGAGAAGAACUACUCGACUCAUGAUUUAGAGCUAGCAGCAGUGGUCUUUGCAUUGAAGUUGUGGCGGCAUUAUUUGUAUGGCGAGCCAUCCUCAAUCCGACCUUUAGCUAUAGAUUUUCAGCGGUUGGCCAAUAGUGGUGUUAGACUUGAUGCCACGCCUUGUGGAGGGAUACUUGCUUGCGUAGUUGCACAAUCUUCUUUGAUUGAGUAUGUCAAAGCUCAUCAGUUCGAGGAUCGCCGGUUGCUUAAGCUCAAAGAGCAAGUGGAGCAGGGACAGACUAAGAGAGCGACUAUUGACUCCGAUAGACUGUUAUGGCAUGAUGGCAGGUUAUGUGUACCAGAUGUAGAAGACGUGAGGCAGACUAUUAUGGAAGAAGCUCAUAGUUCUCGCUAUUCCAUACAUCCGGGAGCUACAAAGAUGUAUCAAGACUUGAAGAAACAUUUCUGGGGGAUGAGGAUGAAGAGAAACAUAUCUGAUUAUGUGGCUCGUUGUUUGAAUUGCCAACAGGUUAAGUAUGAGCAUUAG